GACAUCACGAGUGUGAACACCAAAUACAAAGGAUAGUGGUAUAUAUCAACUUAUAAUCCAAAUUGAACGCGAAGGUUUAGUGUUCGGGCUUAUUUUUCUUUGUGGUUUAUUGUUUGGCCUUAUUUUUCUUAACUCAUAUAUAAAUACCUUCUUGGUCGUUUUUCUCUGAGAGUUAAUUAUUGAUUAACCAAAAAUAUAGAGCCAACUUUUCCUUCUAAGUUUUGAGCAGUUGUUGAGAAAUUCCAACCCUAGAGUUCGGGGUGUAGAAUUCUAGGGUGUUGUGUGAACCUUGGGGGGCGUUCGUCAUUGGAAGCCUACACCGGUAUGGUGUCGAAAUCGCUUCUAAGGCAGUGGCCUCCAUACCACGGUGUAACAAUUCUUAAUACAAGAUCACAUCAACUUCAGUUGACAGAUAUCUACAAGUCCCCUACUUCCUUCGCAGUUAGCUGGCAGCCUCCACCUCCCAAUUACUUCAAGCUUAACUUUAAUGGUUCAGUCAUUGACUCUUCAGUCGCUGCCGGUGUUGCCAUUCGCAACUCCGCUGAUGGUCUUCUUGUGGCCGCUCAAGUUUAUCAAUUUGGCCAAACCUCAGCUCUUCUCAUUGCUGAAGCCCGGGGAUUAAGAAAUGGAUUGAUACUUGCCAUUCAGCAUUACGUACAUUCAAGAUCUAUAUAUUGAAGGAGAUAAUCAAGUAGUUAUAAGAGUGUUGCAAGGGCAUUACAAUUACCCCUGGACUAUCCAAACCCUAAUUGAUGACAUUCGAAAUUUGCUUCGACAGUUUAGAUUCUACACCAUCAAGCAUAUUUUUCGGGAAGCUAAUCGGGUAGCAGAUUUUCUAUCAAAAAAAGGUCACAAUAGUUCUGCUGCUUCGGUAGACGUGUAUGUUUCUAUGGAACCUUUGUCAAAUAAAUUAGUUCUUCUGGAUUCGUUAGGAAUCUCCCUUGAGAGAAGGGUAUCCUAACUUUUUUUUUUACCAAAAAAAAAAUUGAAAGGCAAAAUAGAUCAUUUUCCUUAAUUCGCUAGCAAACGUGCGGGAGAAUAACAUUUUCCUAAGGCAAACAGUCGCUCGAUUUGCAUGUUCAGAUGAUUAAGGAACAGGCUUAUGGAAAACAUUUUCUUUAGGUAAAUAGUAAAGUAGGUGUCCGAUUUGUAUGUUAGAACUUAGAAGGAACAGGCUUAUGAAAAACGUCCUCUUCAGGUAAUACUUGUUCCAUUUGUAUGUUAGAGGGAACAUGCUUUAUGGAAAAUUCGACACGUAAAAGCUGGU